AUGGCUCAUCAAUACCCUACGCGCUCCAAAAGUGCGUCGAAUCAGGCAAGUCAACCAUCUGUAGUCAUGUCAUCAAACAAUCAACAUGAUGAACUCUCGUUAACAGCCAGUUCUUCCACAAAAACGGAAAAUUCUUCACGCGAUUUUGUACAGGAACUCGAUUUACAUUCUCGUCCAGAACAAGAAUCACAAAAAGCAAAUACUAAUAUUCGAACAAUUGCAUUGAAUUCAAUGAAUAUCCCACGACAAUUAGCUACCAAUAACUCCACUAUUCCAUCAAUCCAAUAUGUUAUCAACAUUGAUCCAUUGCAAAAAAUGAAAGAAAUUGUGAAGUCUUUCUCGGGAAAUCCUGAAGAUGAUGCAAGCAAAUGGCUUGCUAGUAUAAAUCAUUUUUUCGGCAUUAUUCGUUUACCUGGUGAUAAAGAUGAACUGUGUCUUCAAUACGGCCCAGCAUUUUUGAGAACGAAUUCAUACCGAUGGUGGACAGAAACUAAAUCAUUUGUUGAUAGUUGGUCAUGUUUUAAGCAAUUAUUCAUCGAACAAUUUGGCGAAAAGAAUGAAUAUCUAUUGGAGGAGCAAGUGAAUCAACGAAAACGACUCCCGAACGAACCCGUCAUGAAAUACUAUUAUGAUAUGAUGGAACUAUGCAACAAAUGUGACCCGACGAUGUUGGACAAACAAAAGAUUCGUAAACUCAUUUUAGGACUACGAUUAUCCUUGUACCAAGAAGCCAUUAAGAACGACUAUUCAACACCAAAAGAAUUUUUGAACAAAGUUCAACAAUUGGAAAAUAUACAGAAGUUGAUGGAAAUGCGUCAAGUUUCAAAGGACCAAGGCUCUUACACAUCUUCUCAUCAUUAUUACGAUCACCACCCGGUAUAUGAUUCGUACCAUUAUUAUCCGGCUAGUGAACAGCCAAGUCCAUUCGAUUCUCAUUAUCAGUAUCAAAAUAAUAAUUCUCCGGCAGUUCCAUCGAAUACAAAUUUUCAACAAUUCCAAAAUUCCAGAUCAUCAGCACAAUCGAACAAAUCUACAAAUAUGAAAGAUAUUCAAUGUUAUCAGUGUCGAGGAUGGGGGCAUUAUGCUCGCACAUGUCCACAGAAGAAUAAUACAAUGUCAUCAUCAUCCAUUUCUCAGCAACAAAAAAAACAAUAA